CCACUCCGAGGAAGAAGAAGAAGACUGUGACAAUAAAUAGAACAAAUAGAAUAAGGAAGGGGAGGGCCGCAAAAAUGGACAGGCCACGGAAAACACGACGCUCAUUCACGCUGGCAGAGAAACUACUUGUAAUUCAGCAUUAUGAAACGCAGAACCGAAGCUGUCGCGAGAUCGCCGAGAUGUUUGGGUGCAGCUUCCAGACCAUUCAGAACAUCAUCCGCCACAAGGACGAGCAUCUGGAGGACUGGGCGAACAACACAGACCCGCGACGGGUCAGAUACCGGCCGAACAGCAGACUCCGACUCCUGCAGUUUGUCACCUUCGAGUGGGUUCGACGGUGUCGUUACUACCCAAUGCGGAUCACAGACCAACUUAUCCGACAGGCAGGUGAGCGUGCCGCGUACUUUCUAGGUAUUUCAGAGCCCCGCAAGCUGACCGGUUCGGGAUGGGUGCAGCGGUUCAAGGACAAGUUCAAACUCACCAAUCAGGACCUCAUGAACACCGACCGAGUCGAAGCACUGACGGCCUCCAGUGAAGAUAAACAGUCGCUGGACGUUGAGAGCAUCGUGGCUGUGAUGAAGGACAGCUACGGGAAUGUAGUCGCCCACGGCCGGGAUGUAAUGAGGUCACAAAGUCAGUAUAUCGUCCCGCCGAAGCGAAGAAAACUCAGCGAACCCGAGUCGCAGACCUACUCCUCGCCCUCUUCAGUUUCUUUGGACAACACCGAGGACCAGGACAUAGAGACUAUUGACCUAACCGAGAGCCUGCACUCUGACGAUAGUGACAAUGAGGAGGGCGAGGAUAUACUCAUGCGAAUCAAUUACGAGAGCUACAGACAGUGCUAGGCGAGCGGAGAGGUGCCAAUGAUCCUCCUGCAGCAUUUUUAGGAUUUAUCACAGCAACACCCUUAACAAGUAUUUUGUCCCCAUUUUGUAAGAUCUAAGUUUAGUAUCCUCAUAUCGAACUUGUGUGUAUUUAUUAGGUAGUUUUUAAAAUGGUCGGAAGUGAGAAACAUUUGUUACCUUUGUAGCCUUUAAGACUCUCCUUUUAUACUGACUUCACGGGAUUCGGGAUGUGAGGAAAACGCUCGGUUGGAUAUUCAUGUUGAUUUGGAACUAGAGAGAGUGAAAGUUGUUUUUAAAAAACUAG